AUGGCUGUCAUCGCUUCGACGUCGGACGAUUACUAUGCAAACUAUGCGUUCAAUUCGCAUGAUCGACGCGAACGACAAAUUCGGGUGCCAACAAAUGGACAAGAAAACCGUCGCCUCAAAUAUGGUCAUGCCGAGGAUGACAACACCGACAUCGCCUAUCUCAAUUUCCCCGUUUUGGUUCCGUCGCUUUUUUUCACCUCAAUCUCAUUUGGUUGUUUUAUACUUGCCGUGAUCAGCUCACUUCAUACCGACUACGUACCAUCAGAAAUCGAGCUGGUCCGUGGAUUCAUUGUGAAAUACGGUAGCAGUCGUUUUAGGUGUAAUUCGACAAUUACGAUACCCGUCGACGGUCUGCCGUCGAUUCUCAAUUUGUUCGAGCUCAACGUCGCCGGCAACGUGCUGUUCCGCUAUUCGACGUGCGUGCCGAUAGUGAUUCGAAUAUUCCACGCGAUCACCGUACGCAAUCUGAUACGCUACGAGUACGGUAGUCAGUAUUCGAGUGUGCACAAAGUGCUCGCCGACGCGAUGCCCCUCUUCACCGGUCUCGAGGCGAUCGCGUUGGCGCUCUUCAGCAUCAUCACCGUACACGACGAUUUUCCAGAAUUCAAUCGCUUCUUCAAAAUCGUGUUCGCGAUGGGCUCCGUCGUCAAUAUGCUUUCGACGACCGUCGUCAUUUUUGCGUUUUCGACGUCACGCGACGAGACACUCGACACUGUCGCCAUCAGUCUGAAACUCGUGUGCGCGGCGAUCUACUGCUAUCUGACGCCCCAAUACGUUCAGUAUCAUCAGGCGAGCAUCUCGUUUCCGAUAUGCCAUUCCUAUUUACCCCAAAUGUUCGCGCUGAUGGAAUACGCGAUCAUCGUCGCCUACGCGGUGUUCCACGUCUCGAUUCUCAUCGAUCUUCGCCGCGUCUCGUUCAUCUGCUAUCCGCGUUCGGCGAGCGGCGAAUGCGAGCCGCUCGAUCCCGCCAAUUUCGCCAAAGGCGCCAAAUACGAGCAUUGUCGCGCGUUCGAGUACAAUCAGCGGCGGAUAAUGAACCUCUAA